AGCGCACACUUGGUCUACUUCCCUCUGGUUGCUUACACUGCUUCUCACCCGCUCUCGAUCGUGCGACGCGGUCCGUGGACGUUACUGCGUGUUUGUGAACGAUCGUGUUCACCAAUUUGCAUCCACGCGUUUAGACGCUCGCCGCUUUUUUGUAUUGCUUUCGUCGGCUUCUUGGUGAGGAAUAUCGGCUCGAGAUCCGCAGCUGAGAAGAUUGCAGCGACAAUGGCAGCAUAAGGACUAUAUUUCCAGUCUUUAUCAAGUGGAGCGCAUUUAUCGUGAUUUUUUUUUUUGCUCACAGUUUUGCGCUCACAAGAGUGCCUCCUCUCAGGGACAUUUGCAGCGCAAGUUGCACAAGUUUAUGUCAACUGGAUUUCCCCGGUGAAAUUUGCUUUUUGUGCUUUUCCCGAAGAAAACAGAGCAAAGUACUGUUUUAUAAGAGAGACUGAGAUUUAUGAACUAACUUUAGGUGUUAAACGGACUCGACUUGCAACAGCAUCCAUCAGAACAUUUUAAAUCAUACAAACCAGGACUGUCGUCGGUUUGGCUUCAUUGCAAAUAUGCCGCAGGUGGAAAUGCUGUUUUUCCUCGUCCUCAUCGUCGGGGUGUGCGCUCAGGACCCGGCUUCCAAAGUGGUAUCCGACCGCUACGCUGUCUUCUGGAACCGCACCAACCCCAAGUUUUACCGGGGGGAUUACCACAUUGACGUCUGCAUAAAUGACUACCUUGACGUCUACUGUCCGCAUUACAUCAGCACGGUGUCGGAUGAGCGGGCUGAGCGUUAUGUGCUUUACAUGGUGAACUAUGAUGGCUACAGCUCAUGUGACCACACCGCCAAGGGCUUCAAGCGCUGGGAGUGCAACAGACCUUUGUCUUCAAACGGACCGCUCAAGUUUUCAGAAAAGUUUCAGCUCUUUACACCCUUCUCAUUAGGCUUUGAGUUCCGUCCUGGCAGAGAGUACUACUACAUCUCUUCCCUCACUGACGCCAAAGGAAGAAGGAGCUGCCUUCGACUCAAAGUCUUUGUUAGGCCACAAAACAAUUGUGUGCGAAACUCUGGGAGCGUACAGGAAGGGGUCGACUUUGACGAAAACAGUCACAACAGUCUAGAACCAAGAGAUGACAUCAGUCACGAGUCACCGGAGCCUUCUCGAAGGGACGUGAACUCUUCCGCCCGGUGUUGCAAUUCCGUACUCCUGCUUAGCUCGGCUAUCAUCCUCCUGGCAGCGAUCUUGUCUUUAUAGCGGUCGUGCUGAGAAAACUCCCAGGAAUUGACUGUCCUGAUUGGAGCACAGGCUGCCCGACCCUGCAACCCCUCCCCUUUAUUGAGCACUUUUUUAUUACAAAAAAAAAAUUCUAAGGAAACCAGAUAAACACUGACAAUAUCUGUCAGUGAAAGAGGAAGGGACCAUGAAAAACUUCAUUUUGCCAACCAGUGUGAUUGACGAGUGACAUUGGCAGGAAAGAGUGGAAAGAGGCAGAAUCUCAAUAUUCAUCUCCUCGAUAUUAAACAUUUAUUUGUGCAAAAACACAUAAAUACACACACUCACACACACAUUAGUCUUUUUCGGAAGCGCUGCAGGAUCACUCAAAGACCCCCGUCAAGUAACAUGACGACAUCUCACGUCAGAAGAUGGUGGAAGGACGCAUGUGUUGGAGGAAAGGACAUUUUUGCUUGCAUGAGGGGUGAGGGCAACCUUCCACAAUGUAGUAACCUUCCUCAGGUGAUUGGUUGAGAGACUGUGCAGUAGCCUUUGGUGAAAGUAUAUUGGCAACAUUUAAAGAAGCACUCAUAUUCGUGUCUGAAUCGAAGCAAUUUAGUGGUGUUUUUUUUUUUUUGUUCAUUUGUUUUUUAGUAAACCACAUACAUCAAGUGUAGCUGACAACACCAAUGUACAGCAAAAUAUUGGGAUGACAUGUGCAAGGUAUGUUUUGUUGUGUUGUUUUUUGUCCUGGCAACAUGUGCUUUAUUUAUUGUGAUUUCCGGUCUGGUAAAAAGGCAAUAAAACACACUAGAAUAAUAAGUCAUGCGGCUUAUUAGCAUAAAAUAUGUUUCAUUUGGAGAAAAAAAAAAAAAGAUAAUACUGACUAUCGUAUGUCUGUCUGUGUUUGUCUGUUUUAAUCUGUUUUUGGUUUUAUCAAGUCCAGGAAGGAAGGAAAAAAAUAAUCUGAUGUGCUAUCAGGGUGUACAAAUGGCGGAAUAUGUGUUCAAAAUAUGUUAUUAAUGAAUGUCACAAUUGUAGGUUUCCUCUUGCAUUAUUCUUUUUGUAAAUCAUCGUCAUUACACAAUUAUUGUAUAUAGUGGCACGUGUCCUAAAGAGUUCAGGGAUGUUUCCAUGCCUAAAGUGAAGUAUAUAGAUAGCAACGGUGAGUUUUGUCUGUUUCAUUUUAAACACAGAUUUGGAUAAAUGAUCAUGAUGGUGCAGUACAGUACAUCAAUUGAUAUUUUAUUCCCUCUGAAUCAAAAUAAUUCAUUUUAUCAUAGAAUUUUGACAUUUACAGAUUUUGUGGGAACACUUACUGCUCUACUUUUUUUUUUCUUUUUUUGCGGUCUCUCAUGGUAAAUUGUAAACCACAUCAUUUUCCUACAGGUUAGAAAGCAAACAGUUCUAUUAGCUAUUUCCGUUUUUGGUUUGGUCAAGUCCAGUACAUUUUAAGAAUAGUGACAAAUACUUUGUAGGUAAAUACAAAUAAUAUAAAAACAAGAGUGGCAGUAAUUUCGUAUGUCAGAUUCCAUUUUUUUUAGAUACCAAAAAAAAAAAUCUUUAUGGGAGUGGGUUUGUAAGUACAUUACAAAAGUCAGAAGAAAAUCACUUUUUUUUUUAUUUUGUAGUCUAAUGGUCCACUUUCAUGUGAAUUGAAUCUUUUUCUCUCUAGAGUGCAUAUUUACUCCUAGAUUGCUGCUCAACAUGGGUGCUAAACACAUUCAUAGGUUACAUGCAUGUUCAAGUUUGAUGUUUUGUAACAUUGCAUUCACUAACUCAACUGCAUUUGCAUUGCAUGAUCACACUUGAAUAGCUUUGUUGUCUUUUGUGGAGUUUUUUUUUCAUGUGUGUGCUUGGGGGGUUUGUUUCACAUCCCUGUAGACCUGGGCAGAUAUUAAAAGAUGGAUUUUUUUUGGUUUCAUUUUACUCCCUGACAUCUACCACCAACCUCUGUACAUCUGACUCAAGUCAUCUUAAAAUCGUCACUUCCGGCCAUGUCACCAUGACAAAAACAACCAGUUUCCUGGAUACUGUGUAUC